UACUGCACCAUAAUGCAUAAGGCAUAACCAUGAAGGUUGAAUCGGUUAUUUCAGUCCUGCUAUUCUAUUUUAUUAAUUCUAGCAGUAAUCAGAAAAUAAAACAUUACCAGAAAAAAAGUUGCAGCAAACAUGGGUACUUUGCAACGCCCAUUACCUGCCCUGUCAACGAUGUCAGCCAUGCCAGUGACAGAACAGAGGAUGAUUUUUUUGAAUCUGAACAAACUGAAUGUGCAUUGGAAAAGGGCCAUCAACAUUACCAGAAAAAGAAAAUUCGCAAUACUCGCAUCACGAGAUUUUCUCAGUGGCAUUUCCCCAGUAACCAUUUGCUGUUAGAUUCUUUUCCAGUUGACCCCAUGAAAGAGAAUUAUGUGAGACAGGUGAAGAAUGUUAUCUUCUCUCAGGUCCUCCCAACUCCACUCAAGUACAAGGCAAAGCUUGUAGCAUACUCAGAAGAUGUCUUAAGCAGUCUACUAGACCUGCACCCCUUAGUGACAGAAGCUGAACCAUUUGUGGCUUUUGUUGCUGGGAAUACAUUUCUGGAUAAAUCCAUACCUUUAGCCCAUCGUUAUGGAGGACAUCAGUUUGGUAGUUGGUCUGGUCAACUGGGAGAUGGCAGAGCUCACCUUCUUGGUGAAUAUAUCAACAGAAAAGGAGAAAGAUGGGAGCUUCAGCUGAAAGGUUCUGGUAAGACUCCAUAUUCCAGACACGGAGAUGGUCGAGCAGUACUUCGCUCCUCGGUAAGGGAGUUCUUAGGCUCAGAAGCUAUGUUCUAUCUAGGAGUUCCUACGUCAAGAGCUUUAAGUCUGGUUAUAAGUGAGGAUCCUAUAUGGAGAGAUCAGUUCUACGAUGGUAAUCCAAGACAAGAGAAGGCAGGUGUGGUCCUGAGACUAGCGCCCUCAUGGUUCCGAAUAGGAUCUUUGGAGAUUCUCGCCAAGAAUGGAGAAAUCAACUUACUCAGAUCUCUGAUAGAUUUCAUCAUUAAGCACCACUUCACAGAGAUUGAUUCAGAAGAUAAUGAUAGCUAUCUUGCAUUUUUCUCUGAGGUUGUCAAUCAUACAGCUUACAUGAUCGCAAAAUGGCAAUCUGUUGGUUUUGCGCACGGUGUAAUGAACACAGAUAACUUCAGUCUACUGUCCAUCACUAUCGACUAUGGUCCAUUUGGUUUCUUAGAUGCCUAUGACCCAGGUUUUAUACCAAACACAUCAGAUGACGAGGGUCGUUAUAGCUAUGAGAAGCAGCCUGAUGUGGGACUAUUUAAUAUGCAGAAGUUAGCAGAUGCUCUGACGCCCUUGCUGUCUUUGAAUCAGAGAAAACAGUUACCCACCAUUUCUUCUGGAUAUGUGGACAUUUACAAGAAAAGAUUUAUGGAACUUUUCAAAAAGAAACUUGGACUUAUUGGAACAGAAGAGCAAGAUGAAUAUAUAGUUGCAAUGUUAUUAAAGAUGAUGGAGGACACUCAUUCUGACUUCACCAUGACCUUUAGGCAACUUGGGGUCAUCACCAUGACAACAUUACAGUCCUCUUCAUGGGAUGCAACUGAACUUUGGGCUUUGACAGAUCUGAGCAGACAUGAGAUGUUUCCAGAUUGGGUCCAAAUGUAUGCAGAGAGACAAGAAGUGUUAAGUGAGGAAAAAGACUUGGAGAGGAGAAAAAGGAUGAAUUCUGUAAACCCUAAUUACAUUUUAAGAACAUGGAUGGCUCAGAGUGCAAUUGAAGAUGCAGAAAAGGGAGACUUUACUACUGUCAAGAAGCUAUUACAAAUUCUGAGCAAACCAUUUGAAAAUCAACUACAAGCUGAUGAAAGAGGCUAUGCCAGCAGACCCCCACACUGGGCAUCAGAUGUUAGGGUCAGUUGUUCAUCAUGACAGUAGUGAAAAGUGGAGAGAAUAAAUAUGGAGUGGUAUAUAUUGGUACAGAUUAAAGGUUAGGUUGGGAAGGGGGAGGCAAUGUUAUGACAAGAUGGACACCAUGCUUGUAGGUGGACCUUUAAGUUUGGCCCUACUUGCUACUUGUGCCCCCCAUAUUUCAGGAUGUAAGGUAUUACGGGAUUUCAGGAUGUAAGGUAUUCGUUAGUUUAGGUCUGGACUCUUAUCUUUCAUUAGUCAUAGCCCUAACCAUUUACUAUGUGGGUCAAGCUGGCUGAUAAUAUGAAGAUGAGUAUCUGUUGCCUGAGAAAAUAGAUUCAGCAGUUCACACCACCAUAUUGCAUGAAUACAGUCAAUUGUUCAACAGUAAAGCUUAUGACAAAAAAGUCAAGAGUCCCGGAAGCCGUUUCAUAAAGCUGUUCGUAAGUUAAGAGCGACUUUAAGAACAACUGGUGAACCUUUCUUAUGCACUAAA